ACAAGUAAAGUUUCGGACUUUAAAGACAAACCCAGCUCCUUCAAAUUUUCUUCUCCAUUUCUGUGACUAUGGCGGCCACUCUUCGGAGAUUAACAUCCGAUUCCGUACGUAAUUCUCUUAAAGGAACCUUCUUGAGCAAACCCUUUAUCCCGAAGCAGCUUCGUCUUCCUUGGAGUUCUCGAAGUUUAUCUGAUUCCUCAUUUGGUUCUGCGACUGCUGAUGUUUGUCCAAAUGCAGUUGAUUGUUAUCAAGGGUCAGAGACCGGUGGUGUUAUUGUCAAUGAAGGGUUUCUGAGAUGGAGAAAUGGAGGAGGGACAUGUCAUAGCUCGGCUGUAAUUGAUUCAUCGGCUUUGGUUGAGUUUGGCGCGGUGGUUCAUGAAAAAGCGGUCUUAGGUCCAGAGGUUCACGUAGGAUCCGGGACUGUAAUUGGACCAUCAGUCAAAAUCGGUCCUUCCACAAGAAUCGGAUAUAAUGUUUCAAUCAGCAACUGUAGUAUUGGUGAGUCAUGUGUCAUACACAAUGGAGUCUGCAUAGGUCAAGAUGGCUUUGGUUUUUACAUUGAUGAACAUGGAAACAUGGUGAAGAAGCCUCAAACCUUGAACGUAAACAUAGGAAAUCGUGUGGAAAUCGGUGCUAAUUCUUGCAUUGAUCGAGGCAGCUGGAGAGAUACAAUGAUUGAAGAUGAUACGAAGAUAGACAACUUAGUUCAGAUAGGUCACAAUGUGAUAAUUGGAAAAUGUUGCUUGCUCUGUGGUCAAGUAGGCAUCGCUGGUUCAGUAACAAUUGGUGACUAUGUAGCUUUAGGAGGACGAGCUGCUAUUCGAGACCAUGUCUCCAUUGUAGCUAAGGUUCGAUUAGCGGCUAAUACUUGUGUUACCAGAAACAUCACUGAGCCAGGAGAUUAUGGAGGCUUUCCGGCUGUCCCAAUUCACCAGUGGAGAAAGCAGAUUGUUCAAGAUCGGAUUUCGAACAAGAGGAAAACCUGAAUCAGAGAUAAUAAAAUUGAGUAUUUGUUAUGUAAUUUGAUUAGAGUUUUCAUUAAUUUUUCUUAGUGUUUUCCGUAUUAUGAAGGUACAUUUAUCAGUAAUCUAAUGAAAACAAAAUAAUCAAUCAGACGGAUA